AUGGAUGAAGUCGCAGUUGUUGGACUUGGCCUCCGCUUCCCUGGUGAUGCAACGUCUCCGGAGGAUCUGUGGAAAGUUCUCGAGCGCGGCGAGUCUCAAUGGUCUGAGUUCCCCAAGGACCGUCUCAACAUUGAUGGCUACUUUCAUCCCAGCGGUGAUCGCCAAGGCAGCAUAUCCUUUCGCGGCGCUCACUUCCUCAAAGGGGACGUAGCCGCAUUUGACGCACCGUGGCAGUUUUUCUCCAUUGCUGCCGAAGAUGCAAAAGCAAUUGACCCACAGCAGAGGAUGCUGCUGGAGGUUUGCUAUGAAGCUCUCGAAAAUGCCGGCCUCCGCAAGGAGGAUUUGGACGGCAGCAAUACUUCUGUCUAUGUCGGAUCAUUUGUUAAAGACUAUGAGCAAAUAUGUCUUCGAGAUCCAGACUGGCAGCCUCGGUAUGCGGCCACGGGCAACGGCAUAGCCAUCAUGGCAAACCGCAUCUCACACUUUUUCAACUUUCACGGUCCCAGCAUGACCAUCGACACCGGCUGCAGCGGCAGUCUCGUAUCGGUUCAUCUGGCAGCCCAGAGCCUGCGGAGUGGGGAGUCGUCGCUCGCCAUCGCAGCGGGUUCUGGCAUGAUCCUCACCCCCAACACCAUCAUGCCCAUGACGGCGCUCAACUUCCUGAGCCCUGACGGCAAGUGCUUCACCUUUGAUUCGCGUGCCAAUGGGUACGGCAGGGGAGAGGGUAUCGGCGUUGUCGUGAUGAAGCGACUUGCCGAUGCUCUGCGUGACAAGGACACUAUCCGCGCCAUAAUCAGGGGCAGCGCCGUCAACCAGGACGGCCGAACUCCUGGCAUCACUCUCCCAAGCAAGGAAGCUCAAGUGUCCAACAUACGUUCUGUGUACACAUCGGCCGGUCUGGACUACAGCCAGACGGCCUAUGUCGAAUGCCACGGGACCGGAACGCAGGCUGGAGAUUGGAGAGAGCUGAAAGCCAUCUCUGAGACGCUUGGUUCCGGCCACUUGACCGUGAACCCCAUCGUCGUAGGAUCAGUCAAACCCAAUAUCGGCCAUCUAGAGGGGGCAGCUGGGAUUGCCGGUAUGAUCAAGGCGGUACUGGUCUUGGAGCACGGUAAGAUCCCGCCCAAUAUCAACUUUGAAAAAGGCAACCCCGACAUAGACUUUGAGAACUGGAAAAUCAAGGUCCCGACAGAAGUCAUGGACUGGCCCCUGGACGGCAGACGCCGUGUUAGCGUCAACUGCUUUGGCUUCGGAGGCACCAAUGCCCACGUCAUCAUGGAUGAGGUGCCUGACUAUCUGUCUUGCCUUGGUCUUAGUGGCAACCACAACUCGUUAGAUUCGGUUGCCACCUUGCUCGAGUCGAGCUCGGUGGAUGGAGAACCCCUGAACGGGUCGGGAUCACAUCUCUUCUGCUACUCGUCCCACGAGAAGAGUGGCAUCCUCCGAAUCAUGAACAGUCACCUCGGGUUUCUUGAAGCUAAGAAAGACUGCUCGCAAGCGUACCUGCAAGACUAUGCCUACACCCUCAACUGCAGACGAUCCAGCCUCGAGUGGAAAGGCUUUGUGGUGGCCAGCUCGCUGGCUGACUUCGCAUCGCAAGUUCAAGACCUAGACCAGACGUCCAUCAUACGGUCGUCGCGAGAGAAGCAGCCGCGACUCGGCUUUCUCUUCUGCGGUCAGGGGGCACAAUGGGCACAAAUGGGCAAAGAUCUGAUGUGCUUCGAAAAUUUCCGCACCACCAUGGAAGAGGCGAGCUCCUACAUGUCAAUUGUUCUAAAGUCUCCAUUUAGCCUGGCUGAGGAGCUCUCCAGGAAUGAGGGUGAUUCUUUGCUCAUGCAGCCGCAAAUUUCACAGCCGGCUACAACGGCAAUUCAGGUGGCCCUGGUAGAUCUACUUCGCUCGCUUGGCAUCUCCCCCAGACAUGUCAUCGGCCAUUCAUCGGGAGAGAUUGCUGCUGCUUAUGCCGCAGGUUCAUUAACGAGACAGACGGCCUGGGAGGUUGCGUAUUUUCGUGGCGUGGCUGCCGCCAGCAUCGCCCUGAGGGACCCCUAUUUUCAGGGUGGCAUGUUGGUUGUUGGUUUAUCAGAAACUGACGCGAAGAUGUACCUCCAAUCUGCCAACCAGCCAGUCGAGAUUGCUUGCAUCAACAGUCCGAGGUCCGUCACUUUAUCCGGCGACAAGGAGAGGAUCCGAGUUGUCGAAAACGAACUGCGUAACAAACAGAUCUUUUGCAGAACCCUCAAUGUCACUGUGCCGUACCAUUCGUCGCACAUGAAACCGAUGGAGUCCGAAUACGGGAGCGUCCUCUCGCACAUCGAUGCUCGAACAUGUUCAAAGAACAUAAGCAUGUUUUCCACCGUCACUGGCAACGUCAUCAAAGGUGUCGAGCUAAACGCUGCCUAUUGGGCCACAAACAUGGUGUCUCCGGUGCAAUACGUGGCUGCUGUCCAAGCCAUGAUAAACCUCACUGCGGAUAAGCGACCGGAUAUUCUCAUCGAGCUUAGUCCCCGUGGGGCUCUUCGUUCGCCAACGUUGGACAUUCUAGCGACUCAACCAGGGGACAGCUCGCAACCUGUAUACCACUCCAUUCUUGACCCGAAGAGUCGUGGCGUCGUAUCCUUCCUGAAAGUUGUUGGUGAGCUGUGGUCUCGGGGAUGCCCAAUAGACAUGGCUAAAAUUGCUCCUCGGGCAUCGUCCAGCCCGGAACCAAAGAGUCUCGUGGAUCUACCGUCAUAUCCUUGGAACCACACCAAGUCAUACUGGCACGAGUCUCACCUGAGUCUCGCAAACAGAUUUCGAGAAUUUGGCCGACGGGAUCUCAUCGGAGCACCUACGGCGGAUUCUGUGCCCUUGGAGCCUAGGUGGCGAGGCUUUCUGCGUGUGUCCGAGGUUCCCUGGGUCCAGGAUCACCAAGUGCAGAAGACAAUCGUCUAUCCUGCCGCUGGUAUGGUUUCCAUGGUCCUCGAGGGCGCACAACAGAUGAGAAGGGACAUGAAAGACCUCUUGGGAUACGAAAUCAGCAACAUGCAAAUUGAAAGGGCAAUGAUUAUCCCCAACACGUCCCACGGCCUCGAGAUAGCCCUCAACAUCAAGACGCUCCGGGGGGGCGCCAAUGACAUCUCCAGCCCAGACCGUCACGAGUUUGCAAUCUACUCGAAACAGCUUGAUCAUGACUGGGAGCGUAACGCAACCGGUACUCUGCACUUCCGGACCAGGUCCGUCAAGUGGUUCUCAUUGUUUCAAUCGCACGAUGAGGGUUACGAAUCCAAGGCGAGCAUGGGCGAGUACCUUGACGCUCGCCAGCUCUAUGAGUCCCUUGACACAGUCGGCAUGAACUAUGGCCCGCUCUUCCAGAAUAUGGGCAUGAUCAAAAAGGGUGUCAACUUUUGCACCAGCAUGGUUCACGUUCCCGACACUCAUGACAAAAUGCCGGUCGGUUUCGAGUAUCCGCACCUGAUACACCCAGCAACUCUGGACUCAAUGUUCCAGACUCUGUUCGUCAUAGACCCAUCACCGAUGGUGCCCAUAUCCAUAAAGAGCAUAUUCGUAUCUGCAAAUGCCUACGAAUCAGUCGGUUUCAGAGGCCACGCUACAGCUAAGCACACAGGGAUCAGAGACGCGGUUGCAAGCAUUGCCAUGAAGGGCUGUAAAAGUAACGACGCUCGAGUGAUCGUUGAGGGACUUCACCUUGCUGGCCUGUCCGCUCCAUCUCCUGCGGAGGGCGGCUUCCUCCCAAACCAUCGCAAUCUGUGCACUGAGAUCGUCUGGAACGAAGACGCACAAUUUUCUACCACCCCCAGUUCCUUCGAUCAGUAUCAUGCGCUGCUCUCUCACAAGUAUCCCGCUUUGUCCGUGCUGCAAGUUGGGGGUGGAUUAUCCGUGACACUGUCCAAUCUGGAUCGCAUGGCGCCGAUGCAAGGCGAGACACCACGACUUUCAAGAUACACUUUGGUUGAGUGCUCAUCGGAUAUCGGCACAGCUGCCCUGUCCAAGGUCAAAGGCACAUGCUUGGAGCCUUUUGUCGAGGUGAAGCAGGACUGGUCCCAGCUCUCUGCAGAGUAUCAUUUCAUCGUGGUUUUCUCAAACGCUGGAGUAGAAGCAGACAGCUUGCUGAAGCAUCUCAAGUACGGUGGCGUUCUCUUGCAGCAAAACGCCGACGACGAUGCUCAGGCAAAGGAAACUCUAUCCAAGUCUGAAGGCUUCAUGGCAGAUCAAUUCCAGAAUUCCUGUCUACCUCCGACAGUAUUCAGGAAGCAGCAUGUGACCACUGGCGAGCCUCUUCCACCGAUUGUUCUCCUGUUGCCCCAAGACUUUUCCUUAGAGGUUGCUAGCUUUGCGUAUGGGAUGCAUCGACAAAUGCAGAAGCGCUAUCAUGGCCAGAAAAUCAGCACAGUUUUCAGCCACAAAGUUCUUAAUGAGUCGACAACAUUGUCGGGGAAAGUUGUUAUAUCUCUGCUUGACUUUGCUUCAACAGCUGCCAAAGGAAGUUCUGUAUUUCACUGGUCUGAGACUGAUUUUGCCAUCUUUCACAAAGUUCAGAAGACGGCCAAAGGGAUUUUCUGGGUCACUCGCGCUGCAAACAUGAGGCCCUUCAACCCCAAGGGCGCGCCCAUUAUCGCACUUGCUCGGACGCUUAUGUCUGAAGACCCCCUGAAGACAAUCAUCACUUUUGACUUGGGUCUCGGUCAUGAACCCCUAACCAGUUCAAUAUCUGAGACUGUCUUUUCCGUGCUCGAGAAGUCGUUCCAUACAAAUUUGGUAUCUGAACCGCGAGAGAUGGAGUAUGCCUUGGAGAAUGGCAAACUGUACAUUCCCCGUCUAAGGCCUGUUGCACCCUUGAACAGGCUUAUCGAGGAAGAGGACUUCCACCAAACUUUCGUCCGAAAGCCUUUCCUCCACGAUAUAGGAAAGCCCAGACGUAACCUUUGUCUUUCCAGGCCAGGAAUUGCGGAGGGUUCAUGGUACUAUACCGAACUUCCCGAACGAGACAUUGGUGCCGAUGAGGUUGAGAUCGCCUUUGGGGAAGUUCCGCUGACUUAUUGGGAUCUCGAGACUGCCAUGGGCUGCACUACAGAAUUCACAAUUGGAAUGGACGUGAAAGGCCGCGUCAAGCGUGUUGGAAGCAACGUCAGAGCUAUCAAGCCCGAUGACGAGGUCAUGGCACUCGUUUCUAGCGGGACCGUCCAAAGCGCCGUGCGGGCCAAUGCAAGAUUCACAACAAAGCGUCGCACGGGAGUAGCCCCUAGCUUCUACGUCAGUGCAUUCUAUGCCAUCGUCUACCUUGGUAGGGCCGGGCCAAACCGCAAGGUUUUGAUCCAUGCUGGCGCCAGUGCCUACGGACUGGCUGCUGUCCAGAUGGCGAGGUCGGUAGGAGCUGAUGUGUUUGCGACAUGCCUGGGACCAGAAUCUGACAGGCAACGAAAUAUUCUCCUCGACUUUGGACUCACCGAGGAUCGCAUAGUUGACGCAAAAUCAGACGCCUUCAUCGCGGCGGCGCGUGUUGCCACAGGGGGGGAGGGUUUCGAUAUGAUUUACAACCCAACUCGGGAGCACAUCGAAGCCAAUGUCCAAUGCGUCCGCAAAUGCGGUGUUUUUGUUCAGUUUGCCAGCAAAUCGCCAUCGCCUAUGGCGCUGCCACCUGUGGAGGGGACUGUCAUGGUGGUCAACUUUGACCUCUGCGAACUCAUGCGAGAGGAUGAAGCGUUUGUCGUUGAGCUCUUCAAUCUCGCCACUCGGCAUAUUGACAGCCCUCAGUUUUCGACGGUGCUGAACUGUCCAACGAGCUGCAGCUUUCCUAUCGACAAGCUUGAGGAUGCACUUGACCAGAUCCAAAUGUCGCCUUACAUCGGCUACUCGAAUCUGACGGCUGAUGCGGAUCCCAGCACCGUGGUUCCUGUUGUCUGCCAGAAUUCAACCAAAACCCUUGGUGAUUCCAUUGACUGCGAAGGGACAUAUAUUUUUGCUGGUGGACUUGGCGGUCUCGGUCGAAGCAUAUCAGAGCUGCUCGUCAGCAACGGGGCGCGUCAUAUCGCAUACAUAUCUCGCUCAGGAGCCUCAACGACGGAAUCCCUGAAUUUCAUCUCCAGCCUACAAACCAGAGGUAUCAAUGCACGAGUGUACAAGGUGGACCUCUGCAACAAGCAGGCUCUUCGGCGCAUCAUCAAAGACGAUGUAAGCGUCAAGAUGCCCCCCAUCCGAGGCGUCUUCCAGUGCGCCGCUGUCAUCAACGAUGCCGUUUUCGACAAUAUGACAUACUCGAACUGGACCAGGGCCAUCCAACCCAAGACUGUGGGCUCUUGGAACCUCACAAAAGCGGUGGAAGCCGUUGGUCAAGAUCCCUUCUUCGUCUUCCUCGCAAGCUCGGCGGGUGUCAUAGGCAGCAGGGGCCAAGCAAACUACGCCGCGGGAAACUGUUUCGAGGAUGCACUGGCACGCCAUCUCCGCCUGUGUGGCAAGCGCGCCGUGGCCAUCGAUCUGGGCCCCGUGCUUGGCGCGGGCAUGCUGGCCGAGAAUCAAGAGAUGCUCGAUCGGCUCCGGGCAAGCGGCUUCUACGGCAUACGCCACCGUGACUUCCUGACGGUCGUGAAGCACGCCAUCACGGGCGAGACGACUCCAGGCAACGCGACGCCGGCACAAGUCGUUCUGGGUGUCGGAACCGGCGGCAUCAUUCGCCAGAACCAGCCGGCGGAUCCGUACUGGUCACGAACGGCCCUGUACGCAUACCUCAACCUCGUCGACAUGCCGCCGCCAGACCUGUCUUCCACCAACGGUGCGGUGCCGGGCACCGACUUCAAGACAACGCUGGCGUGCUGCACGAGCACCGCGGCUGCGGCUGAGAUUGUGCAGACGGGGCUGUUAAGCAUGCUUGCCAAGGCCAUGAACAUGCUGCCCGAGGAACUUGAUGCGAGCAAACCCCCGAACGCCUAUGGGGUUGACUCGCUCGUAGCGGUCGGCGUUCGCAAUUUUGUUAUUGGCCGCUUUGGCGUGCAGCUGUCUGUCUUUGAGGUGCUGAGCGACGACACUAUUGCCGAGCUUUCCAAGACGAUUGCGGAGAAGGGAGGGUACGGUGCCAAUAGAGAGUAA